AUGGUGCCAAGUAAGGUAGACGUCGCUGUGGUCGGAGCCGGCCUCAGUGGGCUAUCUGCGGCCAGUGAGCUCCAGUUUGCUGGUCUAUCAUGCGUUGUCCUUGAAGCCAUGAACCGUGUGGGAGCCGCCUGGAUCAAUGACACAAGUCAACUCUACAUGUACGCCUUAGCUAAGAUGUUCGGCUUCGAUCUGGUGAUCCAGAGGCAAAAAGGCCUCAAUGUUUUUGAAGAUGCACAUGGCAAGUACCAUGCCAUUCCAUAUCCUAAAGAGGACGAUCGAUUCUAUAAGGACUUAUCCAGACAAGCAGAGAUUUGCCAUCGCGCGCAUCCUGAUAACAGUCCACAUGCGAAAGAACAUGACCGCAUCACUUUUGCUGACUACGCGAAGCGUUUCUCGCCCGAGGCAGAAUACAUAGCUAGGACGAUUUCCAGGUCCCUUCUAGGGGUCGAACCGAAGGAUAUAAGCGCGUUAUACAUGUUCAACUAUAUUAAAUGCGGCACUGGCCUCGAUAACCUAUUGUCAGAUGCUAAAGACGGGGGUCAGUACUUGCGGAAUCGUCAGGACCUCAGCAACAGUACAAUGCUAGGUUACUAUGCAAAGGUGAUUUUGGUCUACGAGUUCCCAUGGUGGCACGAGGCCGGGCUUUCUGGAAUCUUCAGCUCUGUCAAUGGCCCUAUCUGUGUCACCAGAGAUACCUGCCUUGUGGAGGAUAAGCAGUACUCGAUUACCUGCUUUAUUGUGGGAGAUAUUGGACGUGAAUGGUCUAAACGUCCCCUGGAUAUAAAGCAUAAGCAAGUCGUGGACCAACUACAUGCUGCGUUUUCGACAAAGGUUAAGGAUAUUCCUCGACCUAUCAAUGUCAUCCUGCAAGACUGGUCUAAGGAACCUUGGGUGCAGGGAGCUCCUAGUCCUGUCAUGCCGCCUGGAUUGAUAACCUCGGAUACUGGAAAGGCACUUCGUGAUCCGGCUGGGAACAUUCACUUCGUGGGGACGGAGACGGCGGUCAUAUGGAAGGGAUAUAUGGAAGGCGCUGUCCGCGCAGGCUUACGUGGUGCAGGUGAAGUUAUUGAUGUGCUUAUGCCUUUCAUAGGGAGGCUCAAGUCGUUUCUCUAG